CCCCCUUUACAGGCGAACUGUCAAAACAUUCCAAUGGUGUGAGCUAGAAUCUGCGCAGAGUUCGCUGGCAAAGCGUAGAGACGUCAGUACAGCCAUGGCUCCCCAACAUGCCUUGCUUCUGCUAAUUAUCUUGGCCGAUGCCAUCCAUGGGCAACAGCAACAGUUAAUGGAAUACAUGGAGAGGAGGCUGGCCGUCUUAGAGGAGCGCAUCUCCCAGUGGCAUGAUCAGAGCAGCCGUUACUCCACUGAACUGCGGGAUUUCAAGAAUAAGGUUGUAUCAAUGCUGGAGACAGUGGAGAAAGAACGGGAAACAAUCCGGGCAGAAGUGGAAAACACAGCAGUACGAGUGGACCGACUGGAGCGAGAGGUGGACUAUCUUGAAACCCAAAAUCCUGCCCCACCUUGUGUGGAGGUAGAUGACAAGCUCAUGGAAAACCAGGUGUCCACGGCAAGGAAGCGCAAGAAUGAGAAGUACGACAAGUUGACAGACUGCAGUGACACGAUAUCCCAGGUGAAAGCCAUGAAGAUUUUGAAACGCUUUGGCAGCACAGCUGGACUUUGGACCAAAGAUCCUGUGGGUAAUUCAGAAAAAAUCUAUGUGUUUGAUGGUACCAGCAAUGACACUGUUUAUGUCUUUCCCAGAAUGAGGGAGUUCACACUCUUCUCUGCUACCAGGAAAGCUGCACGUAUCAAGCUACCCUACCCAUGGGUUGGCACUGGACACUUGGUGUAUGGGGCACAUCUGUAUUAUAUUCGCCGACAUGGCACUUUCCAGGUCAUCAAGUUUAGCCUGGCAAACAAGACUAUUGUUGAUAGCUCUGUCUUCCCAGCUGAAGAGCAGAUCCCUGUCUUUGGUCUUUCAUCCUAUAACUACAUUGAUCUGGUGGCAGAUGAGGAGGGGAUCUGGGCUAUUUACGCCACCCAAGAAAAUGAGAGAAACAUAGCCUUGGCCAAACUAGAUCCAGGAUCUCUAGAUAUUGAGCAAAUGUGGGACACGCCAUGCCCUCGCGAGAAUGCGGAAAGUGCAUUUGUCAUCUGUGGAGCUCUCUAUGUGGUGUACAAUACGCGGCUGCCCAGUCGGUCCCGGAUCCAGUGUGUCUUUGAUGUCAGUGGUUCUAUGGCAUCUGAAGACGCUGCCCUGGUAUACUUCCCCAAGCGGUAUGGCUCUCACUCCAGCAUGAAGUACAACCCCAAAGAAAGGCAGAUCUAUGCCUGGGAUGAUGGCUAUCAGCUCAUCUACCGCAUGGAGAUGAAGAAGAAGACUGAAAUCUGAGAAAGGUCAAGGAUAGUGGUGGAAAAAUGUUCUACUGCCUCAAUAGCUGCCCUCUGGUGACAAGUGCCAUAUAACAUGUACAACAGCAGCAACAAGCACUGACUGGGUUAGACAUAUUUUUUUUGGAAAAAAGGAAUUGCUUCCUGAUAACAUUAAAUGCUUUUCAAUAA